UCAUAUCUUAUCAUGAGAAAUUUGCGAUUCUACUUGUAAAUCCAAAACUGUGUCGUUUAUUUAGUAAAUAUUUAGUUUAGUUUCUGCUUAUGAUACAAAAUCCGUAUCAAAAUAAUAUUAUUGAUAUAAGGAAUAUUUACUUUUAAUUAGUUUUAGAUAAUAUCCUUUUGGAAGAAGAAAAUAAAAGUAUAUCAAGAUUGACAAGAUAGGAAGAAAGAACGGUGCAUUUAUGAAAUAAGUAUGUAAGGCGAAAUAUUAAAAAAAAAAAUCCAAAUUGAUUGGUUGUUUAGUAAUGAUUCAAGACGAUGCAAUUUUCAUAUGAGGCUAAACAUUAAUUGAAAGAGGAGUGAACAAGUCGGUUCAAACAUGGAUCUAUCUAUAAAUGUACAGAAAAAACAAUUAAAGUUUGAUAAUAUGAUAGAAAGUCAGCGUGCAUCAACAGACCAGUCCAAUGAGUCUGAUAGCCAAUUGAACCCUUUGUCAAGAAAUAAUGAUGAUGCAAGGAGGAUUCCAUGUAAGGUAUUAAAGCCUCCAUUUUUAUACACUAAACGCUCAGGGACUGCGGGAAUUGGUGGUCAACUUUACGAGACUAAACUGUUAAGUCUAUUUUUCCUUAGAGCUCUUCAUCACAAGGAUAUAUCUGAGUUUAAUUUAGCAACAAAUAUUGAAGGAAUCGGAGCUUUCGAUGAUAUAGUACUUAAAUAUGAGACAAGUAACAAAGAAACACCCAAAGUUUUGUUCAUACAAGCCAAACAUAAAGAGGAACCAGAUCAAAAUAAAAUCACUAUACAUGAUUUUUUUAAAGAGUAUGGAGAUUUUUGCCUACACAAAUAUUUCGAUAGUUAUUUGAAUAUUAGAAGUAAAUUCAACAGGAAUAAAAAUGACAACAUUUUUAAAAAUGCUUUUAAAGAUGUCGAUUGUAGAUUUAUAAUUUAUACGUCAGCGAUAGAGAAUAUUCAAGAGAGGGAUAUAAUAAUGGAGGACAAUUCAGCUCACUACAUUCCUCUUCUACAUACAAGCAACACGGGGAAAGUUUUUCGGUUAGCUUUCAACGAUAACGAUGUUGAAGGACUGUUAGAAACCGUUUUAGAUGUACGGACACAACUCUUAGGCAAGACUUUAAUGAAAUUUCUUUUUAAAGACAAUUAUAAGAACAUGCUGGUUGAUGAUUUGAUGAAAACAUAUCACGUUUUCUUAGCGCAACAAGUAAUUACAAUAAUUUCAGACGCUGGGCUCGAUAAUCCAUUCUUGGAAGGAAAAUUCCGAGACACAUUUUUAUCGAGCAAACAAAAGGUUCUUAAAGUUUUAAAGCAAUCUAUUCACAAAGAGUUUUCUUUAAAAUACCCAAAAUAUUGUUUUGAUAAAAUUGAAAAAUUGAUCACAGAUUUCACUUUUAAAUUACCACUUAAUUUUGGCAACUUAAAUUUUUAUAUUGGUGACAGUAGUAGAAAGAGUGAACGAAAGUUAGUGUACAUUUGUUCAAAGAUCAAACAAUUGAUUGACAGGGCUGAUGCUUCUCUUUUAAUACGAAUUGAUGACAAUAUGGUGGGGCUAGGGGAGAUACUACAACCGAAAGAUUUUGAAAUAUACAGACUAGGUGGUCUUGUUGGCAAUAUGUUUGUGGUCGACGAUAAAACACAUAGACUAAAGUUCAAUGAAUCUAUGGAAUCUUUACCUCCAUCUGUAGUUAGAAUUUUCGAACUCUUAAAAACCCAAUACCCUCCAGGCUUCAAUUUUAAUAAAUAUAGAUUUCAAGUAAACACAAGUCUAUUUCCAAAAUUUUUUCUUGGAAGAGAUAUGCACCUAUGGAGCUUAGUAAGAGAAUUUCUCGACAACCUCGUAUUUUGUACAAAUCAAGCCUGUGAAAACGAUGUUGAAAAAGUUUUAAAAGAUGAAAUACCGAAAUAUUGCGAACUUAAUUUAGAUACCGACAACCUACGUUUUCGCAUGAAAUGUACAACAAUAUUUCUGAAAGUUCACGACGCAAUUCAAAAGUGGUGGAAGCAAUCAAACAAUGUCCCAUAUUUGGAUGAAAACUGUACAUUUUUCAAUGAAGCUAAGGAAGAGUUAUUCACUAAUUCCCUGUUAAACACUUUUCAUUUCAUCUAUGUUACGAAGUUAAGUAUGUACGACAUAAAAUUCAAUGAUGAAUUUCUCUAUUUCAAUGAAAACGAACAAGGGUUUUUAAAUAUAGUUACAAAUAAUAUAAUUUUCACUAGUAUAAAAUUAAUUCAGUGCUUGCCUCGCAAUGAAAAAUAUUCUUCGCAAAUAUUUAUACAUCUAGAUUUUGUUGUGUCGGAAAAUUGUUUUGACGAGAUGUUAACACAAUUGAAAGAAGUAAAACUUAAAACAAUAUUUGUUGUAUGCGAAAACAAUGAUUUAUAUCAAAAAAUAAAUAAUAUUUUGGCAAUAGCACAAAGUUUUAUAGUUGUGAUUACCACAAAUGAAAUUCGCGAGCAGGCUUUGUCAAAAAUAGAUUCAGUUGAAUAUAACCAAAUACGCGACGACAAGACCGCUUUUAUUGAUCUCACUACAGAAACUCAAAGGAAAAUUCUUAACAAAACCAACGUGAUAUUUCAAGGAUCUAUGGUACCUUUAAAGACAUUAGUUAAGAACAAUUUUAAUAUUAUUGAUACUGCUACGCUCUUUGCUAUUUUAAAUAAAGAUAAUAUUCAAAUCGGUAAAAAAAUUACUAAAGUGAAAUAUGAAGAAUUUGAAAACAGUUAUGUACAACGAACUAUAUGUCGGUUUAUUACAUUAGAACAGAAAACAAAUCAUACUCUUUAUAUCAUAAAUGAUGCUGAUACUAAACCGAUAAUACCAGAUGGAGAACUUGAUGUUAUUUUAAUUUCUGACAAAAAAGAAUCAUUUAUUACAUACUGCGAAACAUACGUAGAUAAAAACAUUCAUUGGUUUAUUCAACAAAAUGAUAAUUGUGUGUGGCAAAUGUCGAGAGGUUCAUUGCAUGGCAUAUAUGAACAUGUUGGUAAGAGUUCGCGUCAGUCUUUUAAAUACAAACCUAAUACGUUAUUUGAGACUGAUGAAAAAGUUAUAAUAUUAUCUGCUGAACCUGGAAUGGGAAAAUCAACAUUUAUGACGUAUCUAUCCAUUCAAACAAAAUUAAAUUAUCCCAGCAAUUGGAUACUAAGAAUAAAUUGCCUUGAUUAUAAAAACAUUUUUAGUUAUUGGCAUGAAAACAACACCGUUAUUGAUUUAAAAGAUGUUAUGAAGCUGUUGUACGUGGCCAGUAACCUGUUAGUAACUAAGAAGAAAAUGGCUGUUAAUUUAGCUGAUUGUUUUAGAUAUAACUUGAGUGUUAAUGUUUACCCAAAUGGUGACGUUUUUAUAGAUACUAAUGAUCAGGAAUUUUUCGGUUUAGACUAUCUGGAAGUAGAAUUGUUCAACAAUAUGUAUAAUAACGGUCAAGUAGUGGUUAUAAUAGAUGGUUUUGAUGAAAUUAGUCCGGAUUAUUUAAACGAAGUUAUGGCUUUGCUGGAAAUUUUGAAAAAAUCCAAAGUCAGUCGACUAUGGGUCGCGACGCGACCAUACAAUAUUGUUAAUAAUUUAGAACAAAGAUUAGGGACAUUCGCGUUCUCAUUAGAAAAACUAUCGAUAAACGAUCAAUAUGAUUUAUUUGAAAAACUGUGGGGGAAAACAGUGAACGAAAAAUCAAAUGAUAGGUUAAGAUUUUACACUGAAAAUUUUAUUAAACCAAUAAGUCUGGUACUUUACGAUCAUGAAAAAGAUUUUAUGAGUAUACCAUUGCAUGUUUAUAUGAUUGCGGAAAUCUAUCAAGACUUUUUUAAAGAUUACUAUGAUGUAUAUAUACCUAAAUUGUCAGAUGACUAUAUGAAUAAAAUAAAAGAUAUAAAUACUUUAACCCUGUACGAAAGAUUUGUGAAUAUAAAAUUUUAUUAUAUUCACUUUGGGGUGAAGAAACCUUAUAUCUAUGAUAGAGAUCCAGUUAUGAAGAAAAUGAUCGAAAAGGAACGCAGAGAUUUCAUUAAAACCCAUAAAAAAUUAGCAGCGCAUACAGUAUUAAACAAAACUGUUAAAAGUUUGUUUUCAAUGGAAGAUAUACGUGAAAUAAACGAUGCCCUAGAACAAGUGAGGCAAGGUGAGGAAAGAAUUGGUAUAAUUGAUAGAGUUGUCGGUGAUGAGCCACAAUUCGUUCAUUUAACAUUCGCCGAAUAUUUCGCAACCGAAUAUCUUUGUGAUAAAUUAAAGGCGAAAGAAUGUCCUGUUGAUGUGUGGAUUUAUUUGUUCGAUACAAUUUUUAUCACAGGUGAAGGUAUUAAAUUAAGAAUGUUUUUUAAUUUGAAACUUGCGGCAGAUAAAGAGUUAUACAAAUUAUGCGAAAAUGUAAAAUAUAAACAAGAAAUUUUUCACACCUUAAUGAAACAACGUGAAGAAUGUUCACUAUCAAUUAGUUUAGUAGAAUAUGCCGGAACAUUUGCGAUGUUUUUAUUGGAAUGUAUAAAAGAUGUUUUGACUAAAAAUAAUUUGGGUGACUUCAUCAAUCAUAUAAUUCGGAGAAAAAGAGUAUCUUGUACGUUUUGCUCCAUAAUAAAUGGAAGGUUUCAAAAUGUUUUAGAGACUGUAUUGAGUCUCAUUAAACAGGUUGAUAAAAGCAGAUUGCUUGAACUGUUUACAUGUGGAGAUGUUCCAUUGUUUAAUGCUUUAGGUAUUGCUGUAACAUAUAGUGGUGCAUUUCCAGCGGACAAAGUAUUACUUGAUGUUAUGCUGACUUCGGUCGAAGACAAUGACGUAGCGUUGAAACUGUUUACUAUGCCAUCCAAUAUGGGACUGCUCAAGAAUACCAUAAUUCACGUUUUGAUUAUGAAUCGUCACAGUCUUGGAACGUUAUUCAAACAUUUGUUAAGAUUUAACGAGAAACAACGUACGAUUAUUUUUAGUACAUUCGAUGCUGAUGGUAAGCUAGCAGCGCAUUUCGCAGCUCAGCAGGGUGAUCUAGAAUUUUUCGAAAUGUUGGAUUUUCUUUUAGGUAAAGACAGUUUCCAAAUGAUUUGCAUGACGUACGACAACAUAGGACGUACAGUUUUUGAUUAUUUACUACAAAGCGUUCGUGAUACUAAAAUACUAGAAUUGGAAAAACCAUUUAAAGAGUUAUACGAAUAUAAUAAAUCUGAAAAUUGUGUACGGUACGCAAGGGUGAAUAAAUAAAAGAAAGGUACCUACCAAGAUACAAAUUAUUACAUUUUAUUUCCCUUCACGUUUAGAAAAUCAAAAUCAAUUGUUAUAAACUUUAUUAUAGACUUUUUAUAUCCUUGAAGUUCCAAACUGUUUAUAAAAGUACUUGGACCAAUUAUUAAUUAAAUUUAGGCCAAAAUAGGUUUGUAAAAAAAGUGACCCACAGUAGAACAUCUUCGCCUACUUACCAGACUUAUGGAAAUACAGCUUCGUUUACAAUAUUAUCAGAUUUUUUAUGCUAUAAUAUAAAAAUAAAUAAACAGUUAUGUGAAAUAUCGUUUAUUCACGACAGCAAGCAGCUAAUUAAUCGCACAUUCCAGUAUUACGUAGUAUAUAGUAGGUACACUACUAGAAUCACAGGUGUUAGUCGUUAUUGACUAAUGAUGGUUUGUUUACACCAACUCGCAGGUUAAUAAAUUGUAAAGCUCAUAACAAAUGGUCAACUGAAAGUCACUAUGCUUAAAUCACAUUAAGAUAGGUAACAACAAAAAUCUGUUCUGUUUGGUCCAUUUUUGAAAUAUAAAACAAUUGUGAUCAUUUAUUGAAAAGGCAAUUAAUGAAUAACAAACCAUGUUGCAAGUUUGCUUCAAGAGCUAUUAAUAACCGUCUUCUAAAAUACAAUGUAUACGUAAAAUAUAACUUGUUAUUUUUUAUUAUAGGAGAAAUAUAGGUCUUAAUGGAACUUUGAUAUAUAUUAUUUUCCAUCUUAACAAGGUUGCAAUUUUAAAUUUCCUUACGUGCAGUGUAUUAAACGCUUCGGAAACUUGGAACAGAAACAUUAGACAAAAUAAUAAUAUCCAUUGAUAAUACAUUUAUUACAAUAUUAUUUAUGUUAAGAAUUAUAAAGAUAUAAAUAAGUUUAAAUUAUUAUCUAACAAUGUUCGCUUAUUUACAUCAGUAUGUUAAAAUUAUUUUAUACAAGAAUUAUACAAUUAAUAUGUUACUUAUUACACUAUAGAUAUGAUACACUGUACAGAGAUAUGUUGCAUCAGAUGCACUGUUAAUGAUGCACAAUACCUAUAUAGGAAUAAACAUUUACAACCAACUUAUUUAGCAAUCAAAUGUACGAUAAUAUGUUAAGGAAACUACAAUUAUAAUAUUAUAUAAUAUUGUUCUUUAAAUAAAGUUAAUCUACAAUUAAAUAAGUUUUGUGUAGUAAUAACGGAUUAUAAACGAGUCCAUGGGAAACCAAAUUAGUUUGUUUGUUUACAAUUAACACAUUAUAAAUAAUUUUCUGUAUAUUUACA